GGCAGUCGGGCUCUACUCGCGCGCUGCGCUGCGCCGAUUUAUUAUUACAUUAUUAUUAUCAUUAGGAAAUUUAGAUCGGAGGGGGAUCUGGUCUGAUCUGGUCUGAUUCCGUGAUUAUGCCCGGGAAACAUCGUCUUGACGCAGGAUCUAAUUCGGAUUGUCCACAGCUCGAGGCUUUACUGAUGGUUUUUCUUGAGAAGAAGUUGAAGUUGAGAGAGACAUGCCUUUUAAGUCAGGAAGCUGGGUUUUUAGUCUGAAGCUGGGAAUAUGGGGAUCCUGCGUGAAUCCUGAGUCCCAACUCUGAGCUUUCACUAAUGAGAACGGAAGAUCUGUCUGCACUGCAAGUGUCCGCGUGAGGAUCAUGCUGUGACGGCCAUGCCUCUGGAGAUGGAGAAAAACGUGUCCAAGCUGUUGUACGACUUCCAGAGGAACUCCACGUCGGACGACGACUCGGGCUGCGCUCUGGAGGAGUACGCCUGGGUGCCGCCGGGGCUCAAACCCGAACAGGUUCAUCAGUAUUACAGCUCUGUGCCUGAGGAAAAGGUGCCGUACGUGAACAGCGCCGGAGAGAAACACCGCAUCAAACAGCUCCUGCACCAGCUGCCGCCUCACGACAACGAGGUGCGGUAUUGUAGCUCUCUAGACGAUGAGGAGAAGAGGGAGCUGAAGCUCUUCAGUAACCAGAGGAAGAGGGAAAACCUGGGCCGGGGUAACGUCAGGCCGUUUCCCGUCACCAUGACCGGAGCCAUAUGUGAACAGUGCGGCGGUCAGAUUAACGGAGGCGACAUCGCUGUAUUUGCAUCCCGGGCCGGUCACGGCGUGUGCUGGCACCCUCGGUGCUUCGUAUGCAGCACGUGCGACGAGCUCCUGGUGGAUCUAAUUUACUUCUACCAGGAGGGCAAAAUCUUCUGCGGACGACACCACGCUGAGCGGCUGAAACCUCGGUGUUCUGCCUGCGAUGAGAUCAUCUUUGCGGACGAGUGCACAGAAGCAGAAGGCAGGCACUGGCACAUGAAGCACUUCUGCUGUUUCGAGUGCGAGACUGUUUUGGGCGGCCAGCGCUACAUCAUGAAAGAAGGUCGGCCGUACUGCUGCGGAUGUUUCGAGUCCCUGUACGCCGAGUACUGCGACUCCUGCGGGGAACAUAUCGGGAUUGACCAGGGCCAGAUGACUUACGAUGGCCAGCACUGGCAUGCCACUGAAGACUGCUUCUGCUGUGCACGCUGCAAAAAGUCCCUACUGGGUCGUCCAUUUCUGCCCAAACAGGGUCAGAUCUUCUGCUCGAGGGCUUGUAGUGUGAACGAGGAUACCAAUGGUUCGGAUUCCUCUGACUCUGCCUUUCAAAGUGGAAGAACCCGUGAAACCAGGCACAGCAGCUCCAAAUCCAGCAAGAGCAGUAGCAACAGCACCAGUGGUGGGAACGGUUCUAGCGGACGCUAUUCAGCUGACGUGGACCCACUUUCCCUGCAGAUGGACCUGCUGAGUCUGUCAAGUCAGGCCCCAAGUCUGACCAGAGAACCUCCGUCCUGGAAAAAGCAAAUUGAUAGGUAUGGCUAUGAAAGUCGGGAGGAAUCGUCUCAGACUCCUUUGCAACUGUUGAGACAGUGCAACAUAAGAACUUCCUAUACCCAGCAGGACAGUAGGCCUAAAGAAUCUGCACAGUCCAAGAGACCUCCUGUAUCUGCCUUCAAAGGACAUUCAUUUAAUGAAAACUGGCUUCAGCCAGAACCGGAGGACCGUUACCCUGCCGAACUGAAAGCACAGGCUAGUUUUAAUGAGUUGCCAUCCAACGGGUUCAUGGACAAGCGCUCUGUCAGCAUGCACGCCUUUCAGAGGGAAAGAGAGCGGGAAAGAGAGAAGGAGGUUGCGGUUCAACUGGGCCGAAGCAGGAACCCCAUUAGUGCACUUGGCUUUAGUGAUCAGCUAACACCACUAGAGCAAACACCUCGUGGUUCCAUGGAGUCACUAGCGCUGUCCAACGCCACAGGUACCUCGGCAGACGGAGGUGGUAAGCGUCAGGAGCACUUGUCCCGCUUCUCUAUGCCUGACUUGAGUAAAGAUUCUGGCAUGAACGUCUCAGAGAAGAGCAACAUGGGCACUCUGAACUCUUCAGUGCAGUUCCACAGCUCUGAAUCACUUCACAGCCUCACCACCGGGCAGCCGUACCUAGAGAUGGAGCCACCUGUGCAGGUGAAAUAUCCAGUUCCAUAUUCCCAGCAGUCUCCUGGAAUCACCAUUUUACCACCCGGUUUCACCUUUCAGGAAGAGGACAGGGCGAGUUUAGUAAGCAGCGCUCACAAUGCCCGACUGGCACCCAUGAGUGAACGGACUCACCGGCGUGUUAUUGAACCGGAAGAGCCACGACGAAGGCAUCACCACCGCUCGCAUCGUUCUCGUCGUUCUCGUUCUGAAAACGCACUCAAUUUGGCAGCCCAACACCGUCCAAUGGGGCCAGAGCGAUCACAGUUACGUGUACGUGAGGAUUAUGAUCGGUUUCCUCCUCCUCAUGGUCCACGGGAUCCAAUACACGGUGGGAUUAGAGAUUCCAGAUUUAGGCAGCAGCCUUUCAGGCCGUGUCCUCGCACAACUUCAGACCUUACGCUUCAAAACCCAGCUCCACAGCGUCACAUGGGUCGAUACGCCUGGGAUCAGUAUGAUUAUGAUGACGACUGGUGCUCUACUUGUUCUUCGUCUUCCGAAUCUGAAGACGAGGGCUAUUUCCUGGGGGAGCCAAUCCCCAAGCCAGUGAACCUAAGGUAUAUGACCAGUGAGGAGUUACUGCACAAGUACAGUUCUACCGGACUCGUAGGAUCUGGUCACCCUGGAACUCGAGGACAGUUACACACUCGCAAGCGACGGAAAAGCAAAAACUGUAUUAUAUCCUAACAUACACCCCUGAUGCACUCUUUUCCACUUUAAUAGGUUAAGAUUCACUCAUCCUGCUUGAAUCUGCUUUUCAGUACCAUGUGGUUGUCAGUGAGUGAUAUGCAGUAACGUUGGCUUAAGAUACGCUUGUGCAAGAUACGCUUUAUCCCUUUGAUAUUCACAAAUAAUCGUUUCUUAAAAAGUUUUCUCCAGGUCUUACUGCAGCCAGUUCAUUUUAUUCCCUUUAUAGCCAGCCCAGUUUUGCACCACUUCCCCUUGCAGUGUGUUUCUAAAUGAGUUGUUUCAGUAAUUGGAAUGUGUAUAUUAGUAAAUGAAUUAAUAAAGACACUUAAGUUAAAGAAAAAUGUAAAGUGAAUAUAAUGUAAAUGAUGAUGUACCACAUAUUUUUAUAUUUUGUAACAAUAGAAUCAUUUAUGUAUUAAGUAUAAUGUAGAGAUUCCAUAGAAACGCAUGCAAGUUACUUUGCUGGUUUUUUUGUCCCGUAUUGGAAAUUAAAAGUGAGCAUUUCAGCAAGUAGUUUGACUGACAGGUGUCGGUUCCAGAUCAUCAGAGCACGACGCGGUAUCAGAAGAAUGCACUCGCCAUCUGCUCAAUGAAUAAAUGCAUUAGAACACCGCGAUGAGGCAUCGUCUGCCCGCCGUUACUCACACGUUUUCUUUCAGCAGCUAUGUU